UUUCCCAAUAUGAGAGACUGAGAGAGUGAAUUGUUUAUUGUGAAACAAAGCUAAUCCAAAUAGCAAGACUUUAAACUAUUAUUAUAGUGUGUAGUUCUGUUAUGGUAAUAAAUAAUAUAAUAAAGUUAUGAACUAACGAGAACCCAAUUAUGGUCGAGUAGUGAUUUACUUGCGAGUUUAUAUAAAAUGAUUACGGUGGUUUUAUUACAACUGUUGUUGUUUGUAAGUGGGAGCAAAUAUGGUUUUAUUAUAUGGUCUGAUAAGGCCGUUGUAUCAGUGACCAACGAUCUUAAACUAAUUCCACCACUGCACGUCGCCAGGGCUACUUACACGAAUGACAUUAACUCAACUGGAUGGGCCUUCUUGGAAUUACAUACAUCACCCGAUGCAAGUGAUGAGAAGCAAGCAUAUGCAGCGGGAUUCCUGGAAGGAUUUCUCACCAGAGACCUUAUUUGGAUGCACUGGCAAAAUAUGUUAAAAGGAUAUUGUUACAAUAAAAUAGAUGUGUGUGGUCUGAUAGAAGAAUAUGUGGACAUAAAUGAGCGCUACAUUGCUGACAUGAUUCAUACUCACCCUAAUGAUGCAUACUGGUAUCAUGUAAAGCUAUACAAGAUACAAUUAGAAGGUUUGGCUGCUGGCUACAACCAGGCAACUACUGAUUCUUAUCAAUGGCUGACUACACGUGAUAUAUUAUGGAUUAACAUGUUAGGUGACCUUGAUGACCUGGCAUUUGCGCUUACAAUACCAAAAAACACUCCAGAGAGUCUGCUAUUUGGGGAACAUUGUAGUGGUUUAGUCAAGCUAUUACCGGAUAAUGCAGAACUCUUUACAUCUCAUGUAACUUGGAACAGCUACCAAUCAAUGUUGCGCCUUCAGAAGAUGUACGUGCUCAGUUACCAAACAUCGCCAAACAAUGCGAAACCGAUUCCCGGUAGAAAAAUGGCCUUCACUUCUUAUCCUGCCUUUGUUCAGUCAACAGAUGACUGGUAUAUAACAUCAGCGGGUCUGGUGGCCGCAGAAACAACCAUCGGAAACAGCAACAGGACGCUUUACGAGAACGUGCAGCCCAUGGGACAGAUAAUGGAAUUCGUGCGGGCAAUGGUGGCCACCAGAUUGGCCACGAGUGGAGCUCACUGGGUCGACUUGUUUCGCAGGCAUAACAGUGGGACUUACAACAACCAAUGGUACAUCGUCGACUAUAAAAAGUUUAAGCGAAAAACUCAGAAAUCCGAAGGGCUAGUUGAAGCUGGCUUGUUGUGGGUAAUCGAACAACUGCCCGGCUUCACUGAGGCAGCUGAUCUAACAGAAGAACUAAAGGCCACGUCGUACUUCCCAUCGUACAACAUCGCAUACUUUCCUCGCAUUUUCAAUCUCAGCGGCGGCAACGAGCGAAUCGCUACAUUCGGCGACUGGUUCGCCUACGAGACGAACCCGCGAGCUAAAAUCUUUCGUGAACAACAGGAGUCCAUCGACUCAAUGGGCAGUAUGUUCCGCGUGAUGCGAUACAACGAUUACCGCCACGACCCUCUGUCGCGGUGCGCAUGCAGUCCGCCCUACAGCGCCUGCAACGCAAUUUCCGCCCGGAACGACCUCAAUCCUGCUAACGGUUCAUUUCCGUUCCGGGCGCUGGGUCACAGAAGCCACGGCGGCACCGACGCCAAGGUGACGAACUCGGAGUUGGCCAAGAAGUACCUCUUCCUCGGCGUCUCGGGGCCCACAUAUAACAUUUCCCGGGGCAUACCGCCUUUUCAAUGGAGUAAAUUUGACAUGGGCUCAGAGGUGUUUCAUGAAGGCCACCCUGAUGUUUGGACUUUCUCACCUCUCAUUCAUCAUUGGGAGUGGGGCUGAAUAUUUCAGAUGGUCAGUUAGCAAGAUCGUCUAAAUAAGACAGGGUAGACUCAUAUAGAUUAUAUGGCAUUCUGUAUAAAUGAAAAUGGAUAGACCAUAGGCAAUAAAUACCCAACUUAGCUCUACCGCCCUCGAGACCUUCCUUCUCUUUGUGGGGCCUCACAAUUUAGAAAUUAAAAGUGUACAAUUUACAUUUCUGAAACUGUUGCCAAUUACAAAUAAUUGAUGUGAGUUGUGAUUCCUUGCUUAAUUGGAGACAUUAUUAAAAGUUCACAUUUGUUGAACAUUAAUCAACUAUUACUUGAAAAACACAUUGACAUAAUUCUCUAAACUCAGGUUACAAAAACUAAGAACUGAAAAUAAAAGACUAU